UGUGUUCCGGCCGCCGACACACGUCUCCCAGUUACUGCCUCGCCUAGGAGUAUCAACUCUUGUGAUUAGUGUGUGGGCCAUUUUCUCUAUAGUAGAAGGAUCACUUGUGGAGACUGCCAAAGUUUUUAUAAUCUGCACAGUUACCUAAGCUCUCGUCAUUAAUUAUAAUUACCGACAACUGAAGAAAGUAUCAGCCAUUCAGUUUGACGUUAAUAUGUGGAUAAUAUUUACUAAGACUAUCUGAAGAACAGUGAACGAUCAGAGUUCUUCACCCUCCUACUUAACUGGGGACGAGGGGGCUAAGUACUGGAUGAAACGACUGAACAUUUGGACAAGCACUGGAUAGACUAAGCAAGCAUAUCCUCAAGAGUAAACCUUAACGAGAAAACGGGCAGGUGAAGGAGGCAGUUUAUGACCCUCCCUAUGAAGGGAACGGGUGGAGGCCCAGCAGUGGUGUGGCCCAGCAAAGGUGUGAGGUGCGGCCACACAGCAUCAUGAUCGACCUGGACAACCGGUGUUAAGUUAACUCGUAGUGUUGGGUGGUGAUACGGUCACAGGUGAGGACACAACAGCCCAGGUAUGUUGUGUUAUUUGUUGACCCGCGGGCACCUGGCGGGAGUGCCUCUCUCCCGCACACUGUGGUCACACGUCGCUACCGCCCUCGACGCUGCCUCCAUAGACGAGUCGCCCCAACACCUCGUGUCGCAGCUACUGAUGGCCAGCUUACUACACCCCCUGACCGCCGCCGCCCCCAGGGACCCCGCCCACGCCCGCGAGGUGCUCGAGUGGCUGAGAGAACAGUGCCAGGCUCGAGGGUGGCACCUUCCGCCAGAGCUCAUCCAUGAGGCCUUGUCUCACCCAGGUGAAGUACUGGAGGUGUACUACAAGACGUACGUCGGGUGGGGCGGCAGUGCAGUGGGUCGGGUGGGCGUGACGCUGCUGGAGAGUGGCAGCGGCAUCACCCACAACACCACAGGGCUCACCACCUGGUACGGGGCGGCCGUGCUGGCAGACUGGGCCACCGACAACGAGGUAUUGGCGGGGCGGAGGGUGGUGGAGUUGGGUGCUGGGGUGGGCUUCACCGCCUCCGUCAUCCUCACCAGCACCGCAGAAGGUCGCCCACCACCCACCACCUACCUCCUCACCGACUGUCACCACCACGUUCUUACUCUCCUGCACCAUAACCUGACGCUCAACCUGGCCUCACCACCACCCAAGAGACAAGACCUGGAGGUGUUUCAGCGUGAGGUGAGCGAGGAACUGGUGAAGGGGGAGGUGGAGGCCGGGGAGGUAGUUAGCUGGCCUCCUGGUGGUGCUACUACUACUCCAGUUGCUGUGGAGGGAGGAGGUGGAUCGACUGAGGUGAGUGUGAUGCAGGUUGACUGGCGCCACCCCCCGCCCCUUCCUCCUGUAGACGUGGUGGUGGCUUCUGAUGUGGUCUAUGCCAGGCACCUCAUACCUGCCCUCGUCACCUUGAUCAGGUCAAUCUUAGACGGCAGCGGCUCACGACAAUUCGAAGGUAACCAGGAAAAGCAAGGCGUACUGGCGAACAGCAAGUCAACACGAGGAACUGGUCGACUGCAGGGGAAAUCAGACGAGGUUAACAAGAAGGAUGAAGGAAGUUUGGAUUAUCGGGGUAAAGGAAGUGAAGAGGAAGAAAGACAAGGAAGGAGAGAGCGUGAGGCAUUCAUAGCUUGCACACGUCGUAAUCAGGAGACAUUGAGUGUGUUUCUGGAGGAGGUGAGUCGACAGGGGCUGACCUACACCCUCGUCUACCAGGCCACCCUACACACAGACACCGCUCUCUUCCUCUACAACGAGACGCACCUCCCCGUCAAAAUCUACAGGAUCACAGUACCUCCUCCUCCUCCUCCAGAGCCCUCCUGUGAUGCAUGAGGCUGCUGGUGGGAGAGGAGACCAUGGGAGGCGCGGCUUGAGUUUUGGUGGAGAGAGAGAGAGAGAGGGAGAGAGCUCUGAGUAACACACACAGGAAAUAAGGUUCCGGGGUAUAAGGGGGAACUAGUCAGGCCAGAACAGUGAGUGAGACACCGGACGCCCACAGUGGUGACGUGUUGUGUUGUAUAAAGAGAGUGUCCCGUCAAGACCGACUGGUGUGGUGAUGGUGACAAUGGUGGAGGCGGUGAGUCAGACCCAACACCUUGAGUCACCACGCCUGAAGUGGUUCCCCAGCCCAUCAACCUCUCUCAUAUAAAGUUCCACACGACGCACCAACAUUCACACUUAGCAACAAUAAAGACAAUAACAACAAAUUCACUUUUCGUGUAAAUUUAUUCAAAAUAAAAUUGUGAAAAAUAUAA